CCAUUUUCGUUCCUUCCAAAAACACAAAGCUCAAAGCAUAAUAGUUAUCCAUUUCUGUUCCGUUUGUGAAAGAAAUAGCCAUAAUGGUCGAUCACCAUGUUUUUGCUGUCGCAUUUGGCGUCUUAGGUAAUGUCAUCUCAUUCCUGGUAUUUCUGGCACCAGCGCCAACUUUCUAUAGGAUUUACAAGAAGAAAUCAACAGAGAGUUUCCAGUCAUUACCAUACCAAGUAGCACUGUUCAGCUGCAUGCUGUGGUUAUAUUAUGCUUUGAUCAAAAAGACUGCUUUCCUCCUCAUGACCAUCAACUCCUUUGGAUGUGUUGUGGAGACUCUAUACAUCUCCAUGUUCCUAGCCUAUGCACCCAAGAAGAGCAGGAUGUCUGCUAUGAAGCUUUUCGGAGCUAUGAACAUGGGGCUAUUUUCAUUAAUACUUGUUGUUACACACUUCUUUGUGAAGAGUUCAAUUAGGAUUCAAGUUAUUGGUUGGAUCAACGUUGCCAUAGCUGUGUGUGUAUUUGCUGCACCUUUGAACAUUAUGGUAAGGGUCAUUCGGACAAAGAGUGUUGAGUUCAUGCCUUUCAACCUAUCGUUUUUCCUCACGUUGAGUGCAAUUAUGUGGUUUUCUUAUGGAGUCUUUAUCAAGGACCUUUGCGUAGCGGUCCCGAAUGUGCUAGGCUUCAUCCUUGGAAUGCUCCAAAUGCUGUUAUAUGCCAUUUAUAGAAACUCCGACAAGGUUGUGGAGGAGAAGAAGGUCCCAGAAGAAACCAACAACCCCAUUGCUGGCCUCAGCAAAUUAGGCUCAUCUGAGGUUCAUCCCAUAGACAUAGAUACUGACACCGAUAAUAAUACAAAACAAGGUGACAAAGAAAACGACCCGACAGCUGAGCCUGAUGAGCACCACAAAAGCUUGGAACUCUCCAGUAAACUCCACUUGGAUGAAUCUCCUGUCUGAUUCAAAACAAGUACAUCGUAUGAAUGUGUGUAUUUUUGAGUUUAUUUCACUUUGGCCCCCCCAUUCCCAUGAUUAUGUAUAUUGUGAGGUUGUAUCUCAGUUUGGACCCCGAUUAUGUAUUUGUGGGUAUAUAUCAGUUUGGGCCCUCCCUGGUUUAAAUUAUAUCUUGUAUGUCACAUUGUUUUGGAAUAGCAGAAUGAAUGUUUUUCU